GAUACAGAAUCUAGCAGCUAAUCUGCCAAAGAAAGGGUUUAUUCUCACCUCAAGGAAUCUUGCUUUUUUCCAUUCCUGAUAAUAAUCUCAAAUAAAUAAUUAGUUAUCCGCUAUUCUUUCAUUUUCUUGUAAUGCUAAUGACCACAAAGUAAAAUUUCAAAAUCAGAAGUUUAAACCAAAGAAAGCCCACAGAACUCCCCUUACAAGUAUAUACAGAACAAACAGAGGAAUGGAUAUAAUUUCAGGAGUACUUCAAAUUACAGAAUUGUUAUUGAAGUUCCAGAAUGAAAACACGGACUACAUCCGGGGACAACACAUUUCACUCAUUUGAGAGGCAAGCUAAGGAAAAUGACAGAUGGAGGGGAACCACGUUGGUGUUAAUAAACUGUACCUGCUGCUCUGUUUAGUAAGCAACAGUUCAGAGUACAGUUUUUCAGACUGCAAGCCUGGCUUCCCUGGGGAUGUUCAAAGCAAGCCUGCGGAAAGCAAGAGAUGCACGCCAAUGGUAAACUGCACCGGGUUUCUGUGUGGAAACAAAUGUACAGGUUGAAUAAUCAGCUCUCUACACGACUUCUCUUCAGAGCUCACAUUUUUUUGCCAAUACUUCUAAUCUGACACUUAGCCAGAGGGACUUUUGAGAGUUUCACAGUAUUAUUUUUACCACAGUAAACAGAGCUUGUAGUCAUCGGUGCAGUUAUGUCCUGGGUACAAGUUGCAGUCAGCCGCUCCAGUGAGGAUAUAUUUGAUGAAGACGCAGAUGAGAUGUAUCUACUACAGAAAGAAUGGAACAGCACCAUGAAAAGAAGAUUGAAGGAAGGCUAUAGGGAUGGAAUUGAGGCUGGGAAAGAACUUGCGCUCCAGGAAGGCUUUAAUCAAGGUUACAGACGUGGUGCUGAGCUGAUGGUUACAUGUGGCCAGUUCAGAGGAACCCUGAACGCGCUCUUAUCCUGGUGUCAUUUUAAUGGACAUGAUUCAGCUUUAAGUAAGAUAAAUAAUCUUCUUGAUGUGGUUGGAAAGCAUGAAGAUGAUGUGCUUAAGUUUCUGAAUUCUAUUGACCAACAGCCACAUCUUGGACACAUUUUAGAUUCUGUUCAGGACAUGGACCUUAAUCACACAGGUCCAGCUGGGACGGAGUACAAUGAAGUUGAAACUGGAAAACACAAAGACGUUGGCAGCUCUGGUGAAAACAUUUGUACAAAUAAUGGUGAGGUUGACUCCUUGCAGUCUGAGUGCAUCAAGGCAAAACUCUGCACAGAUCCUGAAAGGUCAACCCUUGCUUGGGUUAAAAAGCAGACAAUCUGGCUAGUAGAGCAACUGGGCUUAUCACUGGAUAUACUCCAUCACGUCCAGAAACUGGAACAUUAGUUUUUCUGUCUCACUGUAUUUAAAAUCAUCUCAACUGGAUUUGAUUUUCAGUUUGUGGACCAUGUACAGGCUGAUGCAUCACUUAAUUUUAAGGAAAUCUGAUUUUGAUAUUUCCCAGUAGAGGUAAUUUCUGUAAAUCCUCACUGUGCUUUGGCUCCUAGCAAAAAACCCUUGCUUUCAAUCUUAAACAUUACUUUCACAGAAAAGGGAAAUUGCUUUUAAAGCUCUACAAAGAUUUACUAAAUGUGUUUCUGUUCUGUGUCAUAAGCUUUCAUUUUGCCCUCACUUUCUUGUUUGGCAGCAGUUUGGAAACGGAGCAAGUCCCUUAAAGAGGUUCCCUCUAAUAUCUAAAAAAUAAAUGUCCAGUGCUAUGGACAAGCAAUUCUUGCAGAAUAAGCUGCUGUUCAUGAUACGCAGUCUCAUCGCAAAGUAGAACAGGAUUUGCUGCUGAUUUUUAGAGUGCUGUGACUCUCUCUAGUCACUAUAUAAAUACAGGAAUUUUUUACCUUUUGUCAAAUUCUUCCUCUUAUCUUUUGUAACCUCUAUGCAGUGCACUUUCACAGUUCAAAACUGUUUUUGUCCUCUUCAUACAGUUUCAGCUGAAAACACGCCAUUCCGUUCAAAUGCAAAAUUACUGAAAAUUCUGUUGUUUUACUGUUAGGCCAUCUCUUCUUACCCUGUUAGACCACACUGAACACGUUCCCAGUCUAAUGAACUUCCUUGUGUUAUUUUUGUAUUUAUUUUGCCAGUCCCUCUAGCCUGAACUCUUUCCCUCAUUCCCACAGUGUUUUUCCCAAACUCUUCAAGGAAGCCAGGCUUAUUCACCUUCUCUUAGAAACAAGUUGUCAGCCAUACAUGCAUGUUUCUGUGCCAAUGUUCUAUAUUUGACUCCUUUUCCUGUUGCUUGCUUUAACUGUAGCUGCAAAUUACUCUGGUCAGGAAGUCUUUUCUUUGUGAAUGGAUAUUUGUGUUUUACACUAAUUAAACUGUUUUACAAUAAGUUAGGCAUUUACUUUUUUUCAAGCUGCUUAUAACUUUCCUACAUCUAGACAAAGCAGGUCUAGACAGAGACAAACAAAUUUUGAACAGCCAAAUUAACUAUAGUUUUAAAUACAUAAAUAAAUAAAUAAAUCACAAAACAGUUUUACACUUUGAGCCCAGGAAAAAAGCUAUGGUAAAAGUUACUUGAUUUUCAGAGACUGAGUUUACAACUUUCUUACUAAAGACUAUUAUCCUGACACAGAGUUGGUAGACUGUAAGUUUGUCUGCCACUCAGUACCACCUCUGCAUCAGAGAAAAGCACAACUGCAAUUAAGAGCCUCUUUACUGAACCUGCUUCUGAACUAGUAGAUAAAUAGGGCUGCCUGCAUUAGUUACCUAUGUACAAAAUUGUUCAAACAUUUUUUUUUUCUUAGUUUAUUUAGUAUAAUGCUGACAUGGAUAAACAUUACUUUUCUACAAGUGCAUCUGUUAUGUUAUAGGCUGUAUGUUAGACAGAAAUUUCUUCCAUACUCUGGUAGAAUUUGGUGCAGACAUAAAUAAAGGUUACUAGAGCAGUGUUAGACUUUCCAACUUUGGAAGUUUAAAAAUGCAAAUUCAAGAGUAUUCUAUGUAUUUAAUAGUGUGCAAAGAGGAAACUCCAUUGACAAAUUACUAAGUAGACAGUGAGCUUGCCAAGUUCUCUCCAACUACUGCAAAAGCAAUCUACGCCAGGGAAAAUACUUCUUUCUUGUUUGAUUAUCAAACAAUAGAUGGUGUGUUUUACUUAUCUAUCAUAACAGCUUCUGUACUAGCUGUGGAAUUACAUUCCUCCACUCUGCACAGAGUUUCUGUGCUUACUGUGGACUUACUUUUUCCAUGUUAUCACCCAGAGUUUCCAGUUUGACUGUGGAGAGAUUCUCUGUUGGGCUGUCUGUAAUACUUGACUUAUCAGUCACUACCCAAUCUUGCUGACCAGCCACAGGAGGACUUUCUUCAAGACUAUGAGAAUCCAUAAUUUGUUCACAUGGUGCUUCAGGUUUUUGUUUUGCGCCCACUUCCAUGUCUUGUGUUUCACCAUCAGCUUUCACCUUGGCAGCGUUCCUGAAAAUAGCUCUCAUGACAACUGGAACUGACAUGCAGCUGAAGGAGGAAAUGAAACUUUAGUCACCACUGCAGACUUCAUCCAUUCUUCAACAUACUUAUUUUUUUAAAACUGUGGCUGACACCGGAAUGAUACCUGUGAUGAAAACCAGCACUACUUCCUUGUGUCUUUUUGCCUUGUACAACCUAGUAGGCAUUACGUUGUAACUACAGUAUGACUACAUGUGCUGAACUGGAAACAUAUGUUGACACUAUGAAGUCAAGAGCUGGAUCCUGGAGCUUGGUGUGCAAAGAAGCUUUGAUAGAGUGGGAGGGUUUGAUUUAAAAAGGGUGCUUUUAAUGAAAACGUAAACUAAUAAUACUGAAAUAUAUUAAUUCUUGCUGAAUUUUAUACAAAACAUGAAAGUUACAAUUAUAAGACAGAUACAGAGCAUGUCUUCUCUAAAAAAAUAUCUAGAGGAGUUUUUUUCCGUUCUAACAAUAGUUAUCUGGUUCAAGAAUAGUAUCUACUAUCCUGUGACUUAAGACAGUGCAGGCUAAUUAAACAGGAUCAAAAUCCAGCCUGCAUCGAUCUUGCUGUCAUCAAAUAGAUAAUAGCUAUAUACUAGCUUAUGCCAAAUGAAUUAGUGCUGUCAGUCCUUUCUCUAGCAUAUGUUCACAUAUCACAGCAACUUGCCUCUCUUGGAAUUUGUUUCAGAAAAGAAGCCAGAGACAGUGUUGUAGAUGUGCCAUAUACACCUCACUUUCUGCAGAGAAGCACUGAUUGGUAUUAGGUAGAUGUGGAAAAAGUCCUUUCCAUGCUGUUCUAUGUUAUACCAGUCAUGAGACUGCCAUCAGCUAGAGUCUUCAGAAAACCAUGUUUGCAAAAGAAAAAAGCAUCUUUAUUAACGGUAAAACUCUCUUAAUUCAGAAGUGUUUCCUUGCCCUGCAUGCUUUCUACUAGAAAGAAACACUUUCCAUCACUAUUGUUUAAAAUUUUCGAGAGAUACUUAAGAUACUAAAGUAACUUGUUCUCACUAUUAUAACUUUUUACUAGAGUGAAGUUCUGGUUGCUGAGUUUAUGGCAUUGUGAGUGCAUAUAGUAUUUACAUUAAAUGGACAUCUGAGGUUCAUUCCAACUGUUAUGAAAUAAAGUAGAACUACUUACCGCUUCACAGCUCUUGCUAUGAAGUCAUCACUAGAAUUUAGAGUUGGAUCUUGAGGAUUUAAAUGAAGGCGACAUUGGACUUCUCUGGAGGUUAUAACAUCAAUUAUCACUAAGAAAGAACAGAGUACAAGUACUGCAAAAUAAACCCUUUUAUAAACAUUGAAAACCA